AUGGCAACAUUGCCCGAAAAAUCGUACGGAGUCGUGUUGUUUUUUGAUAAUCCAUUGUUCGAUCGAAAUCUAACGGAAUCGUGUUCCCAAAAUGGUAUACGGAGUCGUGCUUUACCGGACGAAAAACGAUACCGAACAAGCGAGUACGUGCGUAAUAAUCAGUCGUACGGUUUCCGCGUUUAUUCGGUCAACCGCCACGAGGAAAAUCGAAAAACGAUCCCCUCGCGAUUAUGCGUCGACCGAAUAGAAAAUCCGACGAGAAAAUCCCCGCUUAAGGGCUUCGGUUGGAGCGAAAUUUCCGGUACAAACGUUGUGUACGAACGCGGCAAAUAA